UCAUCUCACUAAAAAAGGCCCAAAAAAAGCCCAAUAAACUCUCUCCCCCAUUGUAACGCUCUCCUCCAUUUUCUCUCUCCUCCCUCUACUUCAUCCCUCAGAUUUCAUCCUCACAUCACAUUCUCUUCCCUUCAGAUCCCCAAAUUGUAAUCUGGGUAUUCCUCAAAAUCAUCUCUUUUUCCCAAAAAUUCAAUCAUUUUAACCCAGAAAACCCAGAAAAAACAGGGGAAUUUCAAUCAAACCCAGAAAAAAUCCCAAUCAUGUCUAGUGGAAACGGAUCUUUGAGUAAUGGUGUGAUUAAGAAGAUAGUAUUAUCUUACACCUAUGUAGCAAUUUGGAUCUUCUUGAGUUUCACUGUAAUUGUUUACAACAAAUACAUCUUAGAUCGAAAGAUGUAUAAUUGGCCAUUCCCAAUUUCUCUUACCAUGAUUCACAUGACGUUUUGUUCAUCUCUUGCUUUUGUUCUUGUUAAAGUGUUGAAAUUAGUUGAGCCUGUUUCGAUGUCUCGAGAAGUUUAUCUCUCAUCUGUUGUUCCAAUUGGUGCUCUAUAUGCAUUUUCAUUGUGGCUUUCGAAUUCGGCUUACAUCUAUUUGAGUGUUUCAUUCAUUCAAAUGUUGAAGGCUUUGAUGCCUGUUGCUGUGUAUUCAAUUGGAGUCAUGUUUAAGAAGGAGAGCUUUCGAGGCGAAACGAUGGCGAAUAUGAUGUCGAUUUCAUUUGGGGUUGCAAUUGCUGCUUAUGGUGAGGCGAAAUUUGAUGCUUGGGGUGUAACCCUACAAUUGGGGGCAGUUGCAUUUGAAGCUACUAGAUUGGUAAUGAUUCAGAUCUUGUUAACUUCAAAGGGUAUUAGUUUUAAUCCGAUUACAUCGCUUUAUUAUGUUGCUCCUUGUUGUUUGGUGUUUCUAUCAAUUCCUUGGAUGAUUGUAGAGUACCCAAUUCUAAGGGAUUCGUCGAGUUUUCAUCUGGAUUGGUUUAUAUUUGGGACGAAUUCUGUUUGUGCUUUUGCUUUGAAUCUUGCUGUGUUCUUGCUUGUUGGGAAGACAUCGGCUUUGACUAUGAAUGUUGCUGGGGUUGUUAAAGAUUGGUUGUUGAUUGCGUUUUCGUGGUCUGUGAUUAAGGAUACUGUUACUCCUAUCAAUUUGUUUGGGUAUGGGUUGGCAUUUGUGGGUGUUGGGUACUACAAUCACUCUAAGUUGCAGGCAUUGAAGGCGAAAGACGCGCAGAAGAAGACAGUUCAGGCUGAUGAUGAGCAGGGUAGGUUGCUUGAGGAAAGGGAUGGUGAUGGAAUUGCUAGGAGGAAUGACAAUCAAUCUGAUUGAUUGAUUCUUCAAAUCCAAUCCAAUCCUUGGUUAUGCAAUGCAAUGCUCGUUUCGUUUAUGAUGAUGAUAAUGAUUCUUAUGUUUUGCAAUGCGGGUGCCAUUAAUCGUAGUGGAUUUGAGGAGUUUGAGCUUCAAGGGUUUAGUGAGGAUUCAAUGAGGAGGGUUUUAGGUAUUAGUAUAAUCCGGAUAAUGCGAGUUCUUGAUUGGAAUCGCGUAUGUAGUCUUAGUUUAUGAAUAUUGUCAUUGGUUAGUAGUCAUUCUAUGUCGUGUUAGCUCUUACUAGGUUUACUUAUUAUCUCAUUUACAUUUUUAUGGAAUGGUAAUGUAGGAGGCUCGAGGCUCAGUUUCGAGGUUGUUCUUAGUUGCUAGAGAGCCAUUGUACGAGCUUCCUUUCGCCAUUUUCAUCUUUUUGUUACUUUUGUUUAUGUUUCAGUACUCUUAUUAUUGUUGGAGGGAGUUUAAAUUAUAUCUAUUCUAUUCAGAUCUAUCUAUAGUAAAUUACUCCUAUCAA